AUGGGUGAAGCAGCUCAGACAGUUGGAGUGAACGGUGUGUCAGCUCUGGUGUCACUGUUCAGCUCAGAAUCCUCAGGACUGAGAGAAGUGCAUCUGACCCUGGAAACACUCGAUCUGUCCAGGAAUAAAGUGGAAGACUCAGUAGUGAAGGAUCUCUCUGUUCUACUGGCGAAUCCUCACUUUAAAGUGGAGAAUCUGAGGUUAGAUUCGUGUGAUGUCUCAGAUGAAGGCUGUGCUGCUCUGACUUCAGCUCUGAGAUCACACCCCUCACACCUGAGAGACCUGGAUCUGUCCCAUAAUCAUGUAGGAGACUCAGGAGUGAAGUGUCUCUGUGCUGUACUGGAGAAUCCUCUCUGUAAACUGGAGACACUGAGGUUGUAUAAUUGUGGUGUCUCAGAUAAAGGCUGUGCUGCUCUGACUUCAGCUCUGAGAUCAAACCCCUCACACCUGAGAGACCUGGAUCUGUCCUGUAAUGAUGUAGGAGACUCAGGAGUGAAGUGUCUCUCUGAUCUACUGGAGAAUCCUCUCUGUAAACUGGAGAUAAUAAAGUUGUAUAAGUGUAAAGUCUCAGAUGAAGGCUGUGCUGCUCUGACUUCAGCUCUGAGAUCAAACCCCUCACACCUGAGAGACCUGGAUCUGUCCUGUAAUGAUGUAGGAGACUCAGGAGUGAAGCGUCUCUCUGCUCUA